GUGAGACAUGCGUUUGUCUUCCUUGGGACCGUUGUGCGUCAAAUACUAACAUGUAGCAGAUGAUGAAAGUCUAGCGUGUUCUAAUUGAUCGAUCUCUUCUCCUGGAACCUUGCGGCUCUCCUUUCGGGGUUUAAGGGCUGUUUGGAUCCGGAUGGAGGGAGUGUGAUAAAGGCGUUCGGCACACCAACCUUGUUACUUGACGGACGCGAUGAAGACAUCUCUGAUACAAUACAUUACUUGGUGGUGUUCUGCUCCCUGGAGCAUGUCGUGUGUCAAUGACCCCUGAAUGGUUUCGGUCUCUAGAUAGGCUGUGCCUUGAUGACGGGGUUCUGCAUAACGACAGAUUGCUUUCAAUUAAUUAUAUACCUACGUACCGUUCGAGUACUUUCAAAAUAAAUGAUUUGACGAAUUUUUUUGUCCUCUGGCGUACCUUUUUAGAUCGCCUUCGACGACUGUAGUCCGAGCCCUGUGGUUUCGUGUUCAAAGCCUAGAAGACGUACGCAGUGCUGUAU